AAGUUAAACUGGAGGAAGGGGAGCCUGCAGUCACAGGGGUGCCCUCUCCCCUGCUCUGUGUUCUCCUCUGCAUGUUGCCGUGCCUGUGUGGAGCUCCACUCUGCCCAUGACUCAACACAGAAACUGAGCAAAAGAAGACAGCAACCAGUCUCUUACAGUGAGGAAGGUGUAAAGUGGCAAGCUGAAUCCUUCUCGAUUCUGAAAAUGCCACAAAGCUGGCAAAAGUAAGAAACAGUCAUAAUAAUGAUGAUAAUGAAGAAGCAGAAGAAAAUCAGAAUAAGGGAAUGAAGCAUCAACUUGGAUGAACACCCAACAAGUAAUCACUGAACUUGCGUGGAUCAGUGGAGAGCAAAAACGAAGCAGCCAUGUCUGAGCUGGUCCCAGAGCCACGACAAAAGCCAGUCGUACCAAUGAAGCCCAUGGGCAUCAACACCAGCUUGCUGGGCUACAUCGGUAUUGACACCAUAAUUGAGCAGAUGCGCAAGAAAACCAUGAAGACAGGUUUCGACUUCAACAUCAUGGUCGUAGGUCAGAGCGGACUGGGAAAGUCGACGCUGGUAAACACCCUCUUCAAAUCUCAGGUGAGCCGCAAAUCUUCAGGCUGGAACCGGGAGGAGAAGAUCCCCAAGACAGUGGAGAUCAAAGCCAUUGGGCAUGUCAUUGAAGAAGGUGGUGUCAAAAUGAAGCUGACAGUGAUUGACACACCAGGAUUUGGGGACCAGAUCAACAAUGAAAACUGCUGGGAGCCUAUUGAGAAAUACAUCAACGAGCAAUAUGAAAAGUUUUUGAAAGAGGAGGUGAAUAUUGCAAGGAAGAAGCGAAUUCCAGACACGCGUGUGCACUGCUGCCUCUACUUCAUCUCCCCUACGGGGCACUCCUUGCGGCCUUUGGACCUGGAGUUCAUGAAACAUCUCAGCAAGGUAGUGAACAUCAUCCCAGUUAUUGCUAAGGCUGACACCAUGACCUUGGAGGAGAAGACCGAAUUCAAACAAAGAGUGCGCAAGGAACUAGAAGUAAAUGGGAUCGAAUUUUAUCCCCAGAAAGAAUUUGAUGAGGACUUGGAGGAUAAAACAGAGAACGACAAAAUCAGGCAGGAAAGCAUGCCCUUUGCAGUAGUGGGCAGUGACAAGGAGUACCAAGUGAAUGGCAAGAGAGUCCUGGGCAGGAAAACACCUUGGGGAAUCAUUGAAGUGGAAAACCUCAAUCACUGUGAAUUUGCCCUACUUCGAGAUUUUGUCAUCAGGACCCACCUUCAGGACCUAAAAGAAGUGACCCACAACAUCCACUAUGAGACCUACAGGGCCAAACGGCUGAAUGACAACGGGGGGCUGCCCCCCAUGACUGUGGAGACAGAGGAAAACCACGAGAGUAACCUGUGAAAGAAAGAAAGAAAGAAAGAAAGA